ACCGCGCUGCUCGCCCGCCUCGGGCAGCUGCGGCUCCGCGCCGGCAUCCGAACCCAAACUGACUCCUUAUUUAUUGCGGGAGAGGGGGGCUUUUCCACAGCAUCAUCUGUUUGGAAGAAAGGAGGGAGGAACGGGGAGGGUUAACGCUAAAGAAGUAAGUCUUCUCUGCGAAGGAAAUCCCUUUUGCGCUUUCCAGAUGACCUUUUCUGAAAAUGUAGCUUCUCCAGCUGAACGGUUUUGAUUUUGACUACCAAGUGUGUGAAACUGAUCCCUAAGUGCUCCACAAACCGUAGGAUGUGUGCUUCCGGGAUUAGCAAUAUGGGGCAUCUGUUGUCGCCUCUCCUCUUGAGCCUGGCAGCAGUUUUUUCCAAAGUGACUGAGAGUCGAGGGAUCCUGGAGAGCAUCCAGAGGUUUUCUUUGCUGCCCACGUACUUGCCGGUGACCUAUCGCAUCCACAAUGCCGAUGUUUCCUUCUUCCUUAAGGAAGCCAACCAGGAUAUUAUGAGGAACUCCAGCUUGCAGUCCCGGGUGGAAUCCUUUCUGAUUUACAAAUCCAAGAGCCCCCCCAUGUUAAAUGCCAGCUAUGGGCCUUUUUCCAUUGAACAGCCGGUGCCCCAGGACUUGAUGCUGUCCUCAAAUCCCUUUGGAUCCACCAACAAGUUCACGUACAACUGGAAGCUGCAGGCCUACAUCCUGAGCAGCAAGAUCUACCUGAGCAAGCCGCGGGUGCAGGUGCUGUUCUACAUCGUGGGCAGGGACUGGGACGAGUACAGCCCCGCGGAGCGGCUGCCCUGCCUGCGCGUGUUCGCCUUCCGCGAGACGCGCGAGGUGCGCGGCAGCUGCCGCCUGCGCGGGGACCUGGGGCUCUGCGUGGCGCAGCUGGAGCUGCUGCCCAGCUGGUUCAGCCCCCCCAGCGUGGUGGCUGGCCGCAAGAAACAGCUGGAGAGGUCUGAGGGGAGCCCCGUGGAGCUCUACUACUCCAUCCAAGCGGGGGAUGAGAGAGGGGAGUGCGCCAAGGAGGACGUCAGGAAAAGCAGCGGGAUCCGCUCGGGGCGCAACGACAUCGACGAGUCGGGACCUCCCCUGCAGAGGAUCGGAAGUGUUUUCCUUUACCAGACACAUGCUGCCCCUUCUUUAACUGAAAUGAGAUUGGAUAAUAAUAUUGUCAUCCAGUACGCACCAAAGACCGUCAAGCAAGGGGACAUUCUGACUUUCCUUGUGUCUGUUGCUAAAAACUCCACAGAGGAUCAGUUCACGCUGAGGGCCAAGGUGAAGAGAGGUGUGAACGUUUUCAGUGUGAGAGCCAGCAGCCCCUACCUGUGGGACAUCAGGGAGAGUGUGGAUUACACUGGCAAAUAUGCACCAGCUGUGGUUGUGUGCCAGAGGAAAUCUGCUGCUGAGAACAGUGCGGAGGGUCCUGCCUCUGAAAUCAUGCAGAUUGAUUUUGAAAUUGAGGAGCUGACUGACCUGCCCGAGACCCAGCUCAUCACCUGGCAGGUGGAAUAUCCUGGAGACACCACAUCAGACCUGGGCAUCUCCAAGAUCUACGUGAGCCAGAAGGACCUGGUAGGAGUUCUCCCUUUGGCUAUGGAAGCAGAGAUCCUGAACACAGCUAUUCUCACUGGGAAAACAGUGGCUGUCCCUGUCAAGGUGGUUUCUGUGGAGGAUGAUGGCACUGUGACAGACCUGGUGGACUCUGUGGAAUGCAGAUCUUCAGAUGAAGACGUCAUUAAGGUUUCUGACAGAUGUGACUAUGUCUUUGUCAACGGGAAGGAAAUGAAAGGCAAAGUGAAUGUCGUGGUUAAUUUCACUUACCAGCACCUGAGUGCCCCCCUGGAGAUGACAGUGUGGAUCCCUCGUCUCCCGCUGCAGAUUGAGGUCUCUGACACAGAGCUCAAUCAGAUCAAGGGCUGGAGAGUCCCCAUCAUCUCUAAUAAGAGGCCGGCCAGGGACAGCGAUGACGAGGACGAGGACGAGCGCAGGGGCAGGGGCUGCACCCUGCAGUACCAGCACGCCAUGGUCAGGGUGCUCACCCAGUUCGUGGCCGAGCCCCCCGAGCCCGGGGCCCAGCUCAGCUUCCUGCUGGGCUCAGACUGGCAGCUGGACAUCACCCACCUGGUCAGGGACUUCAUGCAGGUGGAGGAGCCCAGGAUCGCCCAGCUGCACGAGGGACAGGUCCUGGUCGGGCUGGAGCUGGGCAUGACCACCAUCCAGAUCCUGUCCCCCCUUUCAGAUGCCAUCUUGGCUGAGAAGACAGUGACAGUGCUGGACGAGAAGGUGACAAUCACUGACCUGGGAGUGCAGCUGGUGACAGGACUGUCCCUCUCUCUGCAGCUGAGCCCGGGCAGCAACAGGGCCAUCUUUGCCACUGCAGUGGCACAGGAGCUGCUGCAGUCCCCAAAGCAGGAAGCAGCCAUCAGCUGCUGGAUCCAGUUCAGUGACGGAUCUGUCAUGCCCCUGGAUAUUUAUGACUCCAAAGACUUCUCCUUGUCAGCCACCUCUCUGGAUGAGAAGGUGGUGUCCAUCCACCACGACCCCAAGUUCAAGUGGCCUGUGAUUGCUGCUGAGACCGAGGGCCAGGGCACGCUGGUGAAGGUGGAGAUGGUGAUCAGCGAGUCAUGCCAGAAAUCCAAAAGGAAGAGCGUCCUGGCUGUCGGGAGUGGCAGCAUCAAGGUCAAGUUCGGGCAGAGUGACGCCAGCCCCAACGCCAGCGACAGCAAGCACAGGGGUGUCCAGCUGGAGAGCGACCGGCGCCACAAGAGCCCCUGGCAGGAGAGAGGGGACGGGCACUACUCCAGCUCCUCCGUGGGCCACGAGCAGGGCAGGGCCACCACCACGCACAGGUCUGUUCUGAGCAGGAAGGAGGACAGGGAGAGCCUCCUGGACGAUGCCAGCCAGAACGUGCCCCUGGACUUCACCAGCUUCCCCGCCCAGGUGGAUCUGCCCAGGGCCGGUGGGGACAGCGAGGACAGCGAGCUGGUGCCGUCCCCGCGGGGGCUCAGCGACCUGGAGAUCGGCAUGUACGCCCUGCUGGGCGUCUUCUGCCUGGCCAUCCUCGUGUUCCUCAUCAACUGCGUCACCUUCGCCCUCAAGUACAGGAACAAGCAGGUUCCCUUCGAGGAGCAGGAGGGCAUGAGCCACUCCCAUGACUGGGUGGGGCUGAGCAACAGGACAGAGCUGCUGGAGAAUCACAUCAACUUCUCAUCCCAGCAGGAUGAGCAAAUCACAGCCAUCGACAGGGGGGUGGACUACGAGGAGAGCAAAUACCUCCUCAGCACAACUGCCACCAAAAACAUCAACGGACAGUCCUUCAGGUCUCCUGAGUCCACGUUCAGUGAGGGCAAGGAACAGAAAAGUGAGCCAACCGCUUCUCCUACCUCCAAGAGGAAACGGGUGAAAUUCACCACCUUCACCACCAUCUCCUCUGACGAUGGCUGUCCAACUGUCAACUCAAUCCUGAUGAGUAACGAGGAUGACAUUAAAUGGGUCUGCCAGGACAUGGACCUGGGGGAGUGCAAGGAGCUUAAAAACUACAUGGAGAGGUUACACGAAAAUGCGUAAUGAGACACAAAAGACUUUUUUGGUUUGGUUUGUUCGUUUGUUUGUUUUUCACUCACCUUUUGCCUUUAAUUUUGGGUAGUGGGGCAAAGGGUUGUAUUCUGACAGGAAUCAGCUGGUGGAUAAUUACUCACUGGAGCCCCAAGAAGCCACCCAAAAGCAGCUGGGAGAGCAGAGAUCCUGGACAGCUGUUUAAAUUCAAGUCCUCUCUGUGCUCAGAGAUGGAAGUGAGAGAUGUGUGUGGGUUUUUGAUACAUGAUAACAUGAAAAAAACUUAGAAAAAUAAUACGGUCUCAUUCUCUGUGCUUUCCCAGGAAAUCAAUAAAUAUAACAAACUCCAGUGCAGUUUGGAUAUUACAAAGCUCACACAGCUCUGCUGUUCGAUAUUGCAAGCUUUGGUUAAAAGCGAGAGAUUGGUCUGAGAAUAAAUAGAUCCAUGAGAAGAGCAUAUCGUUCAGGCCACGUGCAGAGAAUAUCCAUCCAGGAACAUUCAUUUAAAGCUGACAAAAGCCAACAGUGAAUGAAGCAGCUCCCAGAGCUGAGGAGUCAUGAUUUCCAAAGAGUCUGGAGGGGAUAAAGGCGUAACUGGGCUGUUUACAAACCAGCAUGUUUGCCUCCCAAGCACUGACAGUGGAUACACAGAUACAGUUCAAACUGAAACUCUCUUUUUACGUAGAUGCCAAGGUCAUAAACUUUGCCAGCCAAUUUUGGGUAUUUGUUAAUUUGUAAAAUAGGAGAAGAUAUGAUCUAUACUCAGACUAUCACUCAUCCUAAGGAGGGUCUUUUGGAAAGUUUGAGAGAAUGAGCUAUUUUUAAAAGCCCGCUUUGUUUGAUUGUCCUGUUUUGGAUUUGUAUUCCCAGCCCUUUCCCUGGAGCUCCCCAUCUGGUAUCCUGAGGGCACUCCCCAGAUCAGUCAGCCUUGGAGCUGUGGUCCCUUCCCUUCCCUCCCGUGCACAUCACUCCAGGGCUGCUCCUGCCGAGCACAGCCCUGCUGGUGCCACGCUGUCCUGGCUCUCCCUGCUGUCCCUUGCCAGGGCUGUCCCUGUCCCUGGGCCCAGUGCCCCGUGUGCUGAACUGCCACCAGCAGCAGCAGCUGCCCCUUGGUCCAUCCCCUGCCCUGUGUCAGCUCCUCGUGCCCCCCAUCCUUAGCCCAGCACGUUUAGAGGGCACUGGGAGGUCACAGGGGAGAGCUGCACGUUCCACACUGAACCCUGCACAGCUCAGCUCAGCAGAUUGCAUUUGUUUCUCCCAGGGGUGAUGGUUAUCCUCUGUUUUCUUGAUAAGGAUGUACAUACAGUAGGAUUUCAGUGACUACCCUUCCAACCCGACGUGCCCUCCAGCCUCAAACCAGGACAUGUCUUGUGAGGUCCAACAGCAGCCUCCAAUGGCCAGUGGCAAAGUGCCAAAGCACUAGCUAAAAUCCAGGUCAUGGAUUUGAUAUAGAAAAAUAUUUCAAGCUCCCCUUUAUUUUCUGGAGUCAGUCCUUGCCCCCUUUUUGUUAAGUCUUCCAAGAUUGAAUCUAGGUUGCUCAGUUUAAUACACACCCGCCCUCCCACAAACACUUAGAUUGAAUCCCUCUAUAUUUAGAAUGUACUGUAGAUUGUAAGAAUGUAAUAUAUAUAUUUAUAAACAUGCCAACUGUGAAUAAAAUUUGCAUUUUAGUGGCUUCAUCUUUUUUUCCUACUCCGCACGCCUCUUUCCUUUGGCUGUCAGAACAUUCACCCUGAGGAGCCUGGCAGCAGUACAGACAGGAGGGCUUUGAUGGAUGCAGGAGGCACAAUCCACUCACAGAAUUGUAUUGGCAGUGCUGGGGGACCACAGGCAGCACCAACAACCUGUCAUGCUACAGAUGUACGUGCACCGAGUCACCCUAACAAGAUUUGGAACUAUUUGCAAAUAAAUCCAUGUGCUUUAUUU